AUGACUAGGAAGAAGAUAUCCUGGGUCCCCAGCUCUUCUGGUGACUUUGUGAAUGUUGGCUUUGAUGUGGGUGAUGAGACGAUCUCGGGACUGAGCUAUAAAACUUCCACUACUGAAGACGGCUCUUGGAGCCAGCAGGCAAGGAAGCCCGAGGCCCAAGAGAGGGCCCACGCACUCACCUGUGGGAAGUACCACUCGGCCUGGAGAACCUUGAUUCCCUUCCGUCCUAAGCCUGCAGUUCCCUCCCCUCACCCCAUGGAUGAUGCUGGCCUGUUCUCCUACUUUACGGUGUCAUGGAUCACCCCACUCAUGGUCCUGGGUUCACGGAAAUGCUUGAAUGAGAAUACCACCCCGGAGCUGUCGGUAGUGGAUGCUUCAACCCAAAAUGCCAAGAGACUUCACCGCCUUUGGGAAGAAGAAGUCUCAAGACGUGGGAUUGAAAGAGCUUCAGUUUUUCGGGUGAUGCUGAGGUUCCAAAGAACAAGGGUCAUUUUAAAUUUCUUUAUGAGCAGCUGCUUCUCCAUUGCAGCUGUGCUGGGGCCAAUGCUGCUGAUCCCAAAGAUUCUGGAAUUUUCGGAAGCGCCGUCAGGGGGCGUGGUCUAUGGAGUGGGGCUCUGCUUUGCACUCUUUGUUACAGAGUGUCUGAAGUCUCUAGGUCUGUGCUCCUGCUGGCUCACCAGCCUGCGUACCGCCAUCAGGUCCUGCACGGCCAUUUCCUCCCUGGCCUUUGAGAAGCUGAUGCAGUUUAAGUCUCUGACACACAUCACCACAGGAGAGAUCAUCAGCUUCUUCGCCAGUGACAUAAACUACCUGUUCGAAGCAGUAUACUAUGGGCCUCUCAUCAUGAUCACCUGUUUAUCGCUGCUUUCCUGCAGCAUCACCUCCUACCUCACCCUUGGACCCACAGCGCUCAUUUCCACUGUUUGCUAUCUCCUGAUUUUACCGGUGGAGGCAUUCCUGACCAGAUGGGCCGUGAAGAUACAGAAGCACACAUCAGAGGUCAGCGACCAGCGCAUCCGCGUGACCAGCGAAGUGCUCGCCUGCAUUAAGCUGAUUAAAAUGUACACCUGGGAAAAACAGUUUGCAAAAAUAAUCAAAGAGCUCCGAAGGAAGGAAAGGAAACUCUCGGAGAAAUGUGGGCUUGUCCACAGCCUGACCACUGUCACCCUAUUCUCAGCUCCCACAGUGGCCAUGGUGAUGACGUUCCUUGUACAUACGUGCUUACACCGGCAACUUAGUGUGUCAACGGCCUUUGCCACGAUGGCCAUCUUGAAUUCCUUGAGGCUCUCAGUGUUCUUUGUGCCCUUCGGAGUCAAAGGCCUCACCAACUCAGAAUCUGCAAUGGAGAGGUUCAAGAGAUUUUUCCUCCAGGAGAGCCCUGCUUCAUAUGUCCAGGCACUGAGCGACCCUAGCAAAGCGAUCGUUGUGGAACAGGCCACCUUGUCCUGGCAAAAGACCUGCCCCGGAAUUGUCAAUGGCGGGUUGGAGCUGGAGGGGAACAGCCAUGCUCCCGAGGGCAUGCCCGCGAGUCAGCCGCUGCCUGGAGCCCCCAGAACAGGGGAUAGAAGGGGCAGCCUUGGCCCAGAGUUGUACAAGAUCAACCUGGCAGUAUCAAAGGGGAUGAUGUUAGGAGUCUGUGGCAACACGGGGAGUGGCAAGAGCAGCCUGCUGUCGGCCUUGCUGGGGGAGAUGUACUUGCUGGAGGGCUCUGUGGGGGUACACAGAAGCCUGGCCUAUGUCCCCCAGCAGGCCUGGAUCAUCGGGGCCAGCGUCAGGGAGAACAUCCUCAUGGGAAGCCAGUUCGACCAGGCCCGGUACCUCCAGGUGCUCCACUGCUGCUCCCUGAUACGGGAUCUGGAAAGUCUGCCCUUUGGAGACAUGACUGAGAUCGGGGAGCGGGGCCUCAACCUCUCAGGGGGCCAGAAGCAGCGCAUCAGCCUGGCCCGCGCUGUCUACUCUGACCGUGAGCUCUACCUGCUAGACGACCCCCUCUCGGCCCUGGAUGCCCAUGUGGGGAGGCACGUCUUUGAGGAAUGCAUCAAGAAGACACUCCAGGGGAAGACAGUCAUCCUGGUGACUCACCAGCUGCAGUAUUUAGAGUUUUGUGACCAGAUCAUUUUGCUAGAAGAUGGGAAAAUCUGUGAAAAAGGAAUUCACAGUGAGUUAAUACAGAAAAAGGGGCAAUAUGCCAAACUCAUCCAGAAGAUGCUCAAGAAAGCCACACAGGACCGGCUGCAGGACACAGCUAAGACAGAAGAGCCACGGGCAGAGGGUCAGGCCCAGGUUCCCUCCCUGGAACAGCCUCUUGGUGAAAAUGCUGGCCUGCAAAAUCAGCUCACAAAGAAGGAGCAGAUGGAAGAAGGGUCCCUGACUUGGAGAAUCUAUUACCACUACAUCCAGGCAGCCGGAGGUUGCGUGGUCUCCUCCCUGGUUUUCCUCCUCAUGGCAGUGGUCAUCUUCCUCGUGACCUUCAACUUCCGGUGGCUGAGCUACUGGCUACAGCAGGGCUCAGGGACCACCAGCAGCGUAGAGAGCAACAGGACCACUGCAGAACUGGGAGACAUCCUGGACAAUCCUCAGCUGCCCUUUUACCAGCUGGUGUAUGGUCUCAUGACCCUGACCCUGAUCUGCGUGGGUAUCUGUUUCUCUUUGGCUUUCAGCAAGAUCACAAGGAAGGCCUCCACAGCACUGCACAACAAGCUCUUCAAGAAGGUUUUCCGCUGCCCCAUGAGUUUCUUUGACACGACUCCAACAGGCCGACUCCUGAACUGCUUUGCGGGGAACCUGGAUGAGUUGGACCAAUUCUUGCCCAUCUUUGGGGAAGAGUUCCUCAUCCUCUCCUUGUCAGUGAUUGCCACUGUGGUGAUCAUCAGCAUACUGUCUCCAUAUAUCCUGUUGAUGGCCAUCAUAAUCAUCGUUAUUUGCCUCAUUUUCUUUAAGGUGUUCAGGAAGGCCAUCAACAUAUUCAAGAGAUUGGAAAACCAGAGUCGCUCUCCCAUCUGUUCGCACGUGCUCACCUGUCUGCAAGGCCUGAGCUCCAUCCAUGUCUAUGGAAAAACCGAAGAAUUUAUCAGCCAGUUUAAAAGGCUCACUGACACACAGAACAGCUACCUGCUGUUGUUUCUGUCUUCCGCGCGAUGGCUGGCAUUGAGGAUAGAACUCAUGACCAACCUGGUAACCUUGGCUGUGGCCUUGUUCGUGUCUUUUGGCAUUUCCUCUGGUCCCUAUUCCUAUAAAGCCAUGGCGAUCAGCCUCGUCUUGCAGCUGGCAGCCAACUUCCAGGCGACUUCCAGGAUAGGUACAGAGACAGAGGCGCACUUCACUGCCGUGGAGAAGAUACUGCAGUACAUGAAGAUAUGUGUCCCUGAGGCUCCUUUACACGUGGAAGGCACAAGCUGUCCAAGUGGGUGGCCACAGCAUGGGGAAAUCACCUUCCAGAAUUAUCAGAUGAAAUACAGAGACAACACACCCAUUGUUCUCAAAGGCAUCAGCCUGACAAUCCGGGGACAAGAAAUGGUGGGCAUCGUGGGAAGAACCGGCUCUGGAAAGUCCUCCUUGGGGGUGGCCCUCUUCCGCCUGGUGGAGCCCAUGGCAGGUCGGAUUCUCAUCGAUGGUGUGGACAUCUGCACCAUUGGCCUGGAGGACCUGCGGUCCAAGCUCUCGGUUAUCCCUCAGGACCCCAUCCUGCUCUCAGGAACCAUCAGAUUCAACCUAGACCCCUUUGAUUGCUACACAGAUGAGCAGAUCUGGGAAGUCUUGGAGAAGACAUUCCUGACCAAGAUGAUCUCCAAGUUCCCCCGGAAGCUGCUUGCAGAAGUCGUGGAAAAUGGCAACAACUUCUCUGUGGGAGAAAGGCAGCUGCUGUGCAUCGCCCGGGCCCUCCUUCGCAACUCCAAGAUCAUCCUCAUUGACGAAGCCACAGCUUCCAUUGAUAUGGAGACCGACGCCCUGAUCCAGCGCACCAUCCGAGAGGCCUUCCAGGGCUGCACGGUGCUGGUCAUAGCGCACAGAGUCACCACUGUCCUCAACUGUGACCGCAUCCUGGUUAUGGCCAACGGGAAGGUUGUAGAGUUCGACAAGCCUGAAGUCCUGCAGGGGCAGCCCGGGUCCAUGUUUGCAACCCUGAUGCAAACAGCCAGUUCUUCACUGAGCUGA